UCAUUAAUAGGUUGCAAACCAAGUGAAAUAACAUUUUGGGAAGUACGACAAAUUUGAUAUUAUUUGCAGUUAUAAUAGUAAUUACAAAUUGAUACUACAUAGUAAAAGAGAUGGAUUCUGUAAAACAUGUUAUACCAUGGAUAAGUGGCCAAAAGGAAGUUCUGAAAUCCAACUGUGAAUCUAAAUUAUAUAUAAACAGCUGUCAUACUCCCAGUUUAAUUCAAGUCCUACAAAGUCUACACAGAGAUGGAGAGUUAUGUGCUAUUAAGUUAGAAACAGAAGACGGUGUAAUAGUGUAUGUACAUAAAGUUGUUUUAGUAUCAGCUAGUCCAUACUUCCGUGCAAUGUUCACCAGUUUUGCCAAAAGGGAUGGAGAUGUUGUAAAUUUAGACAAUUCUUUGAAACAUUUGCUUGUGGUGAAGAAAUGCAACACAAUAUGGAUUUUUAUAUGGUAUUUUCGGUAUACCUACCAUAGGUUUUGUUUCCAGCUGCUAAUCUCUUACAGUUGAAUCAUGUAAAAUGUGUAUCUGUUGACUUUUUACAAAAACAUCAGAAUCCUUCAAAUUGUUUUGGUAUUAAAGGAUUUGCUGACUUUUAUAACUGCAUGGAAUUGUCUUCAAGUUCUGAAGAAUACAUAUAAACAAAUUUUUUGUAAGCUUGAUUAAAUUUGACACUGUCAGUAAAUUGUAUUGAUAUAAUGAUAAUAAUUUUCCGAAAACUGGUUGAAGCUGGUGAAUUCCUAUCUUUGUCUUCUGAAGAAAUGAUAAAUCUAAUCUCUCGUGAUGACAUUAACGGUCUAUUUGAAGAAAAAGUAUGCCUUAUUAAAUUUGUAAUUGUUGUAUUUAAUUAUUGUUGAAAAAUCAACUUACUUAUGCGGAUUGCGAGGAAUAUAAUUGAAUCGUAUGAUUCACAAAUACUAAUAACAGGGGGAUAGGUGUUUGGGAAGGUGGUAUAACUAAAUAAUUAUGUAAAUUUUUGCAUUAUUUAAUAGUUUUUGGCAGUUUAUUAAAUUAAGUAUUUAAUUUUAAAGCUUUUUCUAAAGGUUAGAUUAUUUUCCAGGACAUCUCAUAGGCUUUUGGUAAUAUUUUAUUUUAAAGGAAGUUAUGAGUAUUAUAAGAUAUGCAAACAAUUAACAAUUUCAACUCGCUUAUACUUUUUUGAUUAUUCAAAUAGUGCAGAGGUUUUUGACAGGAGUAUUCAAGAUUGGCGAUUAAUAUCUAAUAUGUCUACUGAGAGAGGGGACCCUGGUUUGAAUGCUAUAAUCCCAGCCUUGACACGUGGACACCAGUCACACAAAUGUCUACAAAACGCCGUGCCCCUGUUAUAGGAGUCUUAGACGGUAUAAUGUAUGCUAUUGGUGGUGCCUGUCAGGAACUCGGAAGUUCAGUGUAUCUUAAAAGUGUUGAGACCUAUUCACCAAUUACUAAAGUUUUGUCUCCUAUCAAAGAUAUGCACUUGUCCAGAUUCAAUUCAAGUGUUGUGACAUUUAAGGGUUUGUUCUAUGUUAUUGGCGGAUCUGAUGAAUUUUUGGAUUCUGUAGAAAUCUAUGACCCUAAAACCAAUACCUGGAUCUUGGAACCAUGGCCGAAAAGUUUAGUGAAUGUUUAUGGGGCAGUAAUAUUUGAUAUGCCAUCACAUUUGAGAAUAUAUUAGCUUAUGCAUGGUCUCCUUGUUGGUUGUUGUAUAUAUUAUAUUCAUAUUAAUUUAUAAUUCAUGAACACGUGUUAAGUAUUUUAUACAUUUUUGAUUUUGUGAAUUUUGUAUUAAGCCACUUUGAUCGCCACUGGACGUCAAUGUUUUAAUAUAAGUUUUAGCUUAUUAUAAUUAAUUUGUUCGUUUAUUUGUGAUCGGUGUAUACGACAGAAUGUUUGAAUAAAAUUGUUUUAAAUUAUUUAAAUUUUCUAUUAUUUUAUCUCUAAAU